GCCCCAGCCCCCACUCUGUGUCUCCCUCACCUUAAACCCUGAACCUACUGAUUUACAUUUGGAAAACAUUCUCAUACUCGUUCGUCAAGGAAUGAGCAAAAGAGGGAUAAAGACUAUCCUCUCUCACUCACUCCCUUCUCUCUCUCCCUCUCUUCGGUCCAACCCCUUCUUCCCCUCCAAAUCCCCACUACCAUUUCCCUAUGCACCCAAAAUCUCCCGCCAAAAUCUCCUCUCCCUUGUCGCCAGAUUCAUCUCCACCUACUCCCCUGACAAUCUCGAAGGAUUGGUCGAUCCGGAUAACCCCUUUUUGCCAGAGACUACGCGCGUCGAGUCAGUCUCGGCCGAAGAUUUUGCCUUUCUGCGCGACUCUUCGUUGGAUCCCAAUGCUGAUACCGGGUCUUCGGCGCCGAAAUCCGAGUCCGGUAAGUGUUCGAACGAGGCUGUUCUGAUAUCGAAUGCAAUUCGGGAUUAUAAUGAUGGGUUUGGUGACAAAACCCAGAAGUUUCUUAGGCAGUUCAGGGGGAAAUUGGAUGAAACUUUGGUGGUGGAGGUGUUGAGUCUUGCACAAAAUCCUGAAUUGGGUGUCAAGUUUUUCAUAUGGGCAGGGCGGCAAAUUGGGUACAGUCACACAAAAGCUGUGUAUGAUGCAUUGUUAGAGAGAUUGGGGUGUGAUGAUAAUGAAAGAGUACCGGAACAAUUUUUACGAGAGAUUAAAGAUGAUGAUAAGGAAGUGUUUGGGAAGUUGCUUAACGUUUUGAUUCAGAAGUGUUGCCGAAAUGGACUGUGGAAUUUAGCAUUGGAGGAGCUUGGGAGGCUCAAGGAUUUUGGGUACAAGCCCACAAGAUGGACCUAUAAUGCGUUGGUUCAAGUGUUUCUUAAAGCCGAUCGGUUGGACACGGCUUAUUUGGUUCAUAGGGAGAUGUCGAGUUUGGGGUUUAGCAUGGAUGGGUUUACCCUAGGUUGUUUUGUGCGUUCUCUCUGCAAAGCGGGGAGGUGGAGGGAAGCUCUCACGUUGAUUGAGAAGGAAGAGUUUGUGCCUGAUACAGUUCUUUAUACAAAGAUGAUAUCUGGGUUGUGUGAAGCUUCGCUUUUUGAGGAAGCUAUGGAUUUCUUGAACCGAAUGCGAUCAAGUUCUUGCCUUCCUAAUGUUGUGACAUAUAGGACUAUGCUUUGUGGGUGUUUGAGAAAAAGACAGCUUGGUAGGUGUAAGAGAAUUCUCAGUAUGAUGAUCACAGAAGGUUGUUACCCGAGUCCUAGGAUUUUUAAUUCCCUUGUUCAUGCCUAUUGCAAAUCUGGAGAUUACUCUUAUGCCUAUAAGUUGAUUAAGAAAAUGGUAAUAUGCGGUUGUCAGCCAGGUUACGUUGUCUACAAUAUCUUGGUCGGUGGUAUAUGUGGCAAUGAGGAAUUACCAAGCUCAGACAUGUUAGAGUUGGCUGAGAAAGCGUAUGGUGAGAUGCUUGAUGCAGGGGUUGUAUUGAAUAAGGUUAAUAUAAGCAAUUUUGCUCGAUGCCUUUGUGGCGCUGGAAAGUUUGAGAGAGCAUAUAAUGUUAUUCGUGAAAUGAUGAGUAAGGGAUUUAUACCAGAUUCUAGUACCUAUUCUAAAGUGAUUGGAUUUUUGUGCAAUGCCUCCAAGGUAGAAAAUGCCUUUUUAUUGUUCGAAGAAAUGAAAAGGAAUGGUGUUGUUCCUGAUGUCUAUACAUAUACGAUUUUAAUUGAUAGUUUCUGUAAAGCUGGUCUCAUUGAACAGGCUCGCAACUGGUUUGAUGAAAUGGUAAGGGAUGGUUGUGCCCCUAAUGUGGUCACUUACACUGCUCUUAUACAUGCAUUUCUUAAAGCUAGGAAACUGUCCAAUGCAAAUGAACUCUUUGAGUUGAUGUUUUCUGAAGGUUGCUUUCCUAAUGUUGUUACAUAUACUGCUUUGAUUGAUGGCCACUGUAAAGCUGGAGAAAUUGGAAGAGCUUGCCAAGUUUAUGCGAGAAUGAGAGGUAAUGUGGAAGCCUCUGACGUAGAUAUAUAUUUUAGGAUUGAUGAUGGCAAUUCCAAAGAACCAAAUGUUUUCACAUAUGGAGCAUUGGUUGAUGGUUUGUGCAAAGCUCACAAGGUCAAAGAGGCCCAUAACUUAAUAGAUGCUAUGUUGGUGGAAGGUUGUGAGCCAAACCAUAUUGUGUAUGAUGCUCUUAUAGAUGGAUUCUGCAAGGCUGGGAAGUUAAAUGAAGCACAAGAGGUGUUUGCUAACAUGUCGGAGCGUGGUUAUAGUCCUAAUGUCUAUACUUUCAGCUCUUUGAUUGACAGGUUGUUCAAGGAUAAAAGAUUGGAUCUCGCUUUGAAAGUCUUGUCUAAAAUGCUAGAAAAUUCUUGUGCUCCAAAUGUUGUCAUCUACACGGCGAUGAUUGAUGGCCUCUGUAAAGUUGGAAAGACAGAUGAAGCCUAUAAACUUAUGCUGAUGAUGGAAGAAAAAGAGUGCUAUCCAAAUGUUGUGACUUAUACUGCAAUGAUCGACGGAUUUGGGAAACUGGGUAAAGUUGAUAAAUGCCUUGAACUCUUGAGAGAAAUGAGUUCAAAGGGUUGUGCUCCAAAUUUUAUCACCUAUAGGGUUUUGAUAAACCACUGUUGUGCCACUGGCCUUUUUGAUGAGGCUCACAAACUUUUGGAUGAAAUGAAACAGAUGUACUGGCCAAGGCAUAUAUCAAGCUACCGUAAGGUCAUUGAAGGUUUCAACCGAGAAUUUGUUUUAUCUCUUGGGCUUUUGGAUGAGAUUAGUGAGAAUGAUUCAGUUCCGAUUAUUCCAGUAUACAGAAUAUUGGUUGAUAGUUUUAUUAAGGCUGGAAGACUAGAAGCAGCUCUAGAGCUGCACGAAGAGAUUCCGUUAUCCUUUCCUUUAACAACUGCCAACAAGGAUAUGUAUACUUCUCUGAUUGAGAGCCUCUCCCGUGCAAGUAAGGUUGAUAAGGCUUUUAAACUGUAUGCAGAUAUGGUAAAGAGAGGUGGUGUUGCAGAGCUUAACACGUUUGUUCACCUUAUUAAAGGGCUAAUCAAUAUUAACGGGUGGGAAGAAGCACUUCAAUUAUCAGAUAGCAUAUGUCAGAUGGAUGUGCAUUGGCUUCAAGAAGAAGAGUCAUCUUACAGAAAGUAGGCUUUUGUGCACAUUUAUUGCCUUUGCUUAUGGUCGAUGUGAUGAAAUAACAGUGCAUGGUAAAUUUUUUCACAAAGAAUGACAACAUUGAUAUAUGACUCUCAAGUCUUGAUGCACACAUCUGAAAACCUGAGGAUUUGAUUAGCCUUUGCAUGAGAAAUGAAAUGAGUAUCAGUUCUGGACAGCUUUGACUUACUAUUUGGAGCAAUUAAAUAAAGCUUGAGGAAAAUCUGUUAUUCUUCAAUUGUUCAGUCAUAAAAUUGUUGAUGAGGCUUAUUGAGCAUGAUGCCUGUAAAUGCUGCAAAAAUAAUUCACGUCUGAAAUACCCUUCAUUUAUCAUGACAAGGCAUCAAUCAUGUUGGUGGUAAGAAGCUCAACAAAGUUGUUCGGUUUUGCUGUGCCUCGAGUAGGAGUGUUCGUUUUUGUCACGCCAAGAAUUUGUUCCUAGCUGGGCCACUUUAAGCAGGAUAUUUGAUGCUGGAAACUAUCUUCUGGUGCUUGUUUUUGCUCAAAUCAGGUCGCCGGUACUUCCUCCCCUGGAAUAUGGGUUCUAAACCCUCUGAAUACGUAUAUAUAUAAGUUAUCAAUCAAAAGAAAAUGGUGCCGGCGUGGUGGUGGCUAAAACCUCACAGCCUUUAGGAGUCUCAUGAAUAGAGCAUAUGAAUAUCAGCAUUAAUCAAGAGCAGAGAUCUACAGAAAAGUUCUUCAAUGACAGUCGGUAAUAAUUUUUUACAAGCUUCUUUUAUAUAGCAAAUAAAGGUGUACGUUCUAGAGAUCUUUUCCAUCAAUUGCUCCUUUCACCGCCUCAGUCCUCCCAUAGGCCCCAGCACUUUUCCUGACGUAGUGGAAGCGAUAGACGUGAUUGACGUAGUGUAAACCCUUGCCUGCUUUCAACCCCGACGGUAAGGUACCUUCUGUCCCACAUCAUUUCCACAAGCUGAAAUACUUCUUCACUCACAAAGCUCUGAAAACCUCAGUAUCAUGUCCAAAUAUCAAGUUGUAUGACAACGACCCAGUUAGAGAGGAACACUAAAGUCUGCAAGUCUGGUGGUGAGGAGGAUGCUGCAAACUUUCUUGCCUACCAAACAGAGUCAUCGAAGGUCCGUGUGGAUUCUUCAAAUUCCAACUGCUCCAACAGGUAGAUGGAAUUUGCAAUUUUAACUUUUUAAAAUCCGGAGCGGAUUUGAGCAAUUUAAUUCAUUUUGAAGUCAUCCACUAACCCAAACAGCCGAGUGUCGUUCUUUCAAAUGGAAGCAUUGGUUCCUUGAAAUGGAAGCAUCUGACUAGAAACUUGGAUUUGACUUCUUAAUUCAAAUGGACCCACAUACCUAUUUCAUGAAGAGUUGGCUGCUUGAACAAACCAAACAGACCCAUGGGUUCCAAGGACAAUCUUAUUGCAGUAAGCUUUGGUUUCGGGCAUACGUGUGGAAAAAACGUUUCCCUAAUCCAGAAUGAGGUAAAACGGCACUUUCAGUAUUUUCAGCUAGCUGACUCAUCUCUAGGGAGUGUACACAGACCUGCAAGAUAGUCAUUCUUACAUCGCUCCUUUAGCUACACAUAUAUGGUGUGCAUGCAAACUGUAAUUGAGGAAUUGAGCAAUGGUUUAUUUAAAAAAAGAGAUGUAAAAAUAUCAUUUCUCUAUUAUAUCAACUAAUUUAUACUACAAAAUGCUACUAAAAUAUUUUAGUUUUA